AUGUCCAACCCCACAUCGAAUAUCCCCGCGGUGUUUGAGGCCCGCAAAAACAAGAUCCUAGAGGAAUUGUCAUUGCCAGAUGCCGAGUACACAGAUGCUUCGCCUAAAGGAUCGGUAGAUGAGGGUAUCCGUGAUCUGAUUCGAGAUAUCAAUGCCCUGCCUGGCCUAGUUACGACCAGCAGCUGUGCAGGUCGUAUUAGUGUAUUUUUGGAGGGGAAGAAGAAGAGCACCAGCUCUGUACAGGACGAGCAGGUAUCAGUGCAGGCGCAAAGACAAUUUGCCCAAUCUGGGGGUAAAGGUACCGGUCGCUGGCUGUAUGUAUCGCAUGAUCCCUUUGUUCUUCCUGAGAGCAAUGUUUCCGCGUCUGGGACACGGGUGUUCCCACUGCAUGAACGGUUUGGUUUGGUUCCUGGAGACGGGAAACCACCUACUGGAAAAGCGUUGCAACUUGUUCGUUUUCAUUUUGAACCCUUGAUCCUCCACAUAAUGACAGCUACCCUUCACCAGGCUCAACCAGUUCUAGCGGUGGCAGCUGCAUCUGGCUUCCGUGAAAGUGGUCUGCAAGGCCUGCGCUGCUUGGAGGGUGAAGAAGGACCCAGCCCUGUUGUUGCAGUUCGGUCAUCUGGUCUCUCACUGGAAUCGGUGAUUGGGUAUUGUGAUGACGACGACAGCGGUGCGGAGCCUGUGGUGCGCAGUUUGGUCACAGAGGAGUAUCUCGAGAUGCUGAUUAAGAUGGCUAAUGAGCGAUUUGCGGUUAAUGCGGAUCGAAGGGGACGUUUCCGGAUGGGGUUGUUACAGUCCUACUCCCCUGAUCAGAUUCGAUUGUCUGGUAAGGGGAAGGGGAAGCCGGCAGACUGGGAAGAUCCCUUGGUUAGAAAGGAGAGAAUGCGAGCAGAAGGGUUGAUGAAGAAGAAGCUCCUGGAUAGUCAGAAGGCAUUAGAACCUACUGGACAGGAUCUGGAUAAUUCUAAAGAUCCUAUGGACUAUAUUAGAGGGAAUACUUAUUAA